AUGAUGAACAACGAAGAUAAAACUUCGUUUGAUAAAAAUAUGUUUCAUCAAAUGUCUUCAACUCAUUCUCAAUUUCAUCCAUCUUCUUCGUCAAUAAAUGAUCAAGAUGAAUUGAUAGCAAGACGUAAAUUAGAACAAAAACGUCGUUUUCAACAAAGACAAAGUAAUCCUCAUACAAACGUCGAUUCACUUAUGCAAUCAAUGUUUACUGAUUUAAAAUUACAACCAAAAACUGUAUCACAAAAUUCUUCAGAAGCAAGAAAUUCAGUACCACAUAUUUCAGAAGUAAAAAAUAAUCUGGUUGUUCAUCAAUUACAACCUCGUGUAUCAGCUCCUGGUGCAGCUGAUUGGUCUAAAAUAGCAUUUGAUGAUGAAUUAAAAACAAUAUUUCAUAAAGAAGAAAACAUUCCAACAAUAAAUUCAGAACAAUCAUCCAUAGUACAUCAUUCCAUUGAACAACCAUUAUCAUCUCCUGUUUUAGUUUAUCCAUCAUGGUGUUUGCAACCAAUUAAUUUUCUUCCACUUGUUUAUCAACAAGUAUUUGAAGCAUCAUGUAUAUCAGAUGUUAUUCAAACAUCAGUUUUAUAUCCAAUUCUUCUUUUAUCUGGUCUAAGACAAGAUCAACUUAGUCAAAUUUGGUCACAAGUUAAUUUAACACAACCAGGUAUUUUAACUAAAGAAGAACUUCUUAUGGCAUUAGCAUUAAUUGCAUUAGCACAGAACAGUAAUGGACAAAUAUUUUCUAAUGAUCAAUUGCAUCAUUUAUCUGAAAUACCUGUACCACAUUUUCAAAUUCAACAGGGACAAACAUCAUCAUCACCACCUCCGCCUACACCUACACCACCGCCACCACCUCCACCUCCACCCGCAUCAGUUCCUCCUCUCGUUUAUCAACAAGAAGAUUUUGCUGAUUUUACAUCAUUUGAACAAAUAGAACCAACCAAUGAAAAUGCAAAUGAUAUUACUCUUCUUGAUUUUGAUGAAAAUCAGUUAUAUGUACCGGAUAUAAAAGCAACAUCAUCUGAUGCACAAUCAAUUGCUAGUUUAGAAUUACCAAUGCCAAUAAAUAAUACAAAUUAUCAGGAUGAUACUAGUCAAAAAGGAAUCAGCGAUAAUAUAUCAUUUUCAUCAUCAUCAAAUACUAAUGAAAUAGCACCUGCAACUGAUACACAAAGUUUACACUCGAUGAACUCAUCGGAACCUUCAAAACUUGAAUUAACUCAAUUUUCAUUUUUCUCUGAUGAUACUUCUGAAAUGGAUUCUCAUACAGCUGUUUGGUUACGUUGUUUUGAAAAAUGUUAUGAAAUAUUGUCUCAAGCGAAUGAAAUAUUUUCAUCAAUUGAAAGUCCAAUAUUAUGUACUGAAGUAUUACAACAAGCACGUACUAGAGAUUAUGUUCAACAUUUACAAGAAAUAUUUCAUGUUCAUAAAAGAAUCUAUACAGCAGCUAUUUUAGAACCAACAACAACAAAUCAAUUGACAGUACUUUGGAAACAAAUUGUUGUUUUAUGGACAAAUUUACAAUCAUUUUUUUCUACAGCUCAUCUUCAUUUAUUAAAUGAUGAUGAUAUAGAUUAUUCAUCGUUAUUAAAGGGUGACACAUCUUCGUAUUGUUCAAUAUGUUUACUAUCAACUAUUGGUCUUGAUACAGUAUUACCAGCUUCGUCAUUUUCACUAUUUAACACUGCAUGUUUAACAUUUGCUGGUCGUUUAUAUCAUGCACCAUGUGCCAAUUUUUAUUUGAAUCUCAUCGACGGAAUUUUACCAUCGUUAAGAAGAUCAUCUUAA